AGCGGCGUAGGAAGCCGGAAGUUACAAGUGACAGGGCGCGUGACGUCACAUCACCCGGGAAACGUCUGACAGGGUUCUUCUUCGUGACAAAUUCUCCACAAUGCCACGAAUCGACAAUGAUAUUAAAUUGGAUUUUAAGGAUGUAUUGCUACGACCAAAGAGAAGCACAUUAAAGUCUCGGAGUGAGGUGGAGCUUACCCGUGUUUUUACGUUUAGGAACUCUGGACAAUCGUAUGAAGGAAUCCCUAUUAUUGCUGCCAAUAUGGAUACUGUAGGGACCUUUGAGAUGGCACGAGCCCUGUGUAAGUUCUCUCUCUUUACAGCCGUACACAAACAUUAUACAGUGGAGGAUUGGAAAGACUUUGCUGCAAGUUCCCCAGAAUGCUUGGAGAAUGUUGCUGUGAGUUCUGGGACAGGUCAGUCAGAUUUCCAGCAUUUAGAGAAAGUCCUAUCAGCUGUCCCUCAGGUUCGUUACAUCUGCUUGGAUGUGGCUAAUGGAUAUUCAGAGCAGUUUGUACAACAUGUGAAGGAUGUUAGAGCCAGAUUCCCUAAGCACACUAUUAUGGCUGGAAAUGUUGUUACUGGGGAGAUGGUGGAGGAGCUGAUCCUGUCUGGGGCAGAUAUUAUAAAAGUUGGAAUUGGACCAGGUUCUGUCUGUACAACCCGGAAAAAGACUGGAGUUGGAUACCCCCAGCUAAGUGCCGUUAUUGAGUGUGCAGAUGCAGCACAUGGACUGAAUGGCCACAUUAUAUCAGAUGGAGGAUGUAGCUGCCCAGGUGAUGUUUCAAAAGCAUUUGGAGCUGGAGCUGAUUUUGUGAUGCUGGGCGGGAUGCUGUCAGGACACACAGAAUGUGGAGGAGAGGUAAUUGAGAAGAACGGCAAGAAAUAUAAGCUUUUCUAUGGAAUGAGUUCAGAGACUGCAAUGAAGAAACAUGCUGGAGGGGUGGCGGAAUACAGGGCUUCAGAAGGGAAGACUGUGGAGGUUCCUUUCCAAGGUGACGUCGAAUACACCAUCAAAGACAUCCUCGGAGGGAUUCGCUCCAGCUGCACAUAUGUUGGAGCCGCCAAACUGAAAGAAUUGAGUCGUAGAACUACAUUCAUCAGGGUCACCCAGCAGCUUAAUCCAAUGUUCAGUAACUAAUCGACAGACCUCACAUGCCACAUUUAGUAGCUCCUUUCCAUAGAGUAUUUGCAGUCACUGAAUCCUUCCAGUGUUACAUUUCUGACUUUCUAGUAGUGUUUGGAACUUUGUGAGGCAUUUUUCUUUCACAACAUGCCUACCUUGAGUUGCCAAAUUGUUGUUUUAAACUGACAUUUAUACAAUACACAUAUAAUAUGAGUUACUUUUAUAAGUACUAAGUGCAUUCUAUUUAUUACAUAGGUUUUUUUUCAGUCACUUGUCAGCCCUACAUGUGUACUAUUGAUUGUACAACAAACUGCCAGCAUACCUGCUGCUCUCAGGGCUGUAGCCAUAUAACUGCCACCAGUAUCACCGCCCUGUUACUGUGCAUUAUUAUUCCAUCAAUUUACACAUACAUGUUAAUCACAUGUAUUCUACCUUCCCAGAUUUGCUGAUAAUCUCUAUUCUGAGAGUCAACGUCUCCAGAUAAAUAAGUGAGCCAGAUAAUGUGAUGAACUCGUCAAUUGUUUCCAGUUUUAGUAGUGAGAGGAAAUCCUCCCCAACUUAUUUUAACUGUAAUAUUCCCUCUCUUGUAUAAGGGCCAGCAUUUGUGAUUUUAAAUGUAAUGAACAAUAAUAUAAUAUUGUUUCUAUCAAUAAGAAUUAAUUAUUUUGAAAAAUUAAUUUGUUUAAUUGUUAAACUGCAAGUGGCACUUUGCAGCAUGUUGGCAAUUUCAUUGUCUAAAAUACAUUCCCGCCCUAAGUCUUAUUCACUGUAGAAGGACCAAUUUCCAUAAUGUUCAAUGUAUGUAAUCUGUACUCUUACCAAUUAACUUGCAAGAGAAAUUGAUGUUUAUUGUUAAAUGGCUACAUGAACAUUGUAGUGGCCCAGCUAUUUCAUUAUCUACAAUACAUUCCCACCCUGUCUUUUAAUUAACUGUCAGUUUCCAUGAUUUGAUUGUGAAUCAAGAUGCAUGUGAUUGGUUCUCUUACCAACAAUAAAGGUUUGGCUUUCAAAAGCGAA